UUCUCAACGUCAAUACUGCGUCAUUGUGAAAGAGUGUUUAUCUUGUCGGUGUAGUAUCUUCACCAAAAAUUAAAUAGAUUAAAUGGAGAAAGUUGAUCUUUGUAACAUGUAUUAAACCAGUGGAAGGAAAAGGUACUGAUAAUCAUUGGAUACAUUUUACUACUGAGACAAUGGCUCUUCCACCAUACAUGUUAGGACAGCCAUAUAUGAUGGGUAUGUUAGCCCAACAGCAAGCUGCUGCAGCUGCUCAGCUUGCUGUCCAGGCUCAAGCGCAGGCCCAGGCACAAGCUCAGGCUCAGGCACAAGCACAUGCCCAAGCACAAGUUCACAUGCAGCAGCAACAGCAGAAACAUACAGAAUUUUUUGUGUCUGAAGAGAAACUCCAGGAAAAAGCAAGAAAAUGGCAACAGUUGCAAUCUAAAAGGUAUGCAGAGAAACGCAAGUUUGGUUUUGUGGAUGCCCAGAAAGAAGAUAUGCCUCCUGAGCAUAUAAGAAAAAUUAUAAGAGACCAUGGUGAUAUGACAAGCAGGAAAUAUCGCCAUGAUAAAAGAGUCUAUUUAGGAGCAUUGAAAUACAUGCCUCAUGCUGUUUUGAAGUUAAUGGAGAAUAUGCCCAUGCCUUGGGAACAGAUCAGGGAUGUUAGAGUAUUGUACCACAUAACUGGUGCAAUAACCUUUGUGAAUGAGAUUCCAUGGGUGAUAGAACCUGUAUAUAUUGCUCAGUGGGGAGCUAUGUGGAUAAUGAUGAGACGUGAAAAGAGAGACAGGAGACACUUCAAAAGAAUGAGGUUCCCCCCAUUCGAUGAUGAAGAACCACCCUUGGAUUAUGCAGAUAAUGUACUGGAUGUAGAACCUCUGGAGGCAAUACAAAUGGAGUUAGAUUCUGAAGAAGAUGCUUCUGUUAAUAAGUGGUUUUAUGAUCACAAACCACUCUUAGAUACCAAGCAUGUAAAUGGAACAACAUAUCGACAUUGGAAUCUGACUCUUCCUCAGAUGGCCACACUGUAUCGUUUAGCCAACCAAUUACUGACAGAUCUUGUGGAUCAUAACUACUUUUAUUUGUUUGAUUUGAAAUCCUUUUUCACUGCUAAAGCACUUAACAUGGCUAUUCCAGGUGGUCCAAAAUUUGAGCCUCUCAUUAAAGAUUCCAACACAGCGGAUGAAGACUGGAAUGAGUUUAAUGACAUAAAUAAAAUCAUCAUCCGCCAACCUGUACGAACAGAGUACAGAAUAGCUUUUCCGUACCUGUACAACAACCUACCACAUUACGUUCACUUAUCAUGGUAUCAUGCUCCAAAUGUUGUGUACAUUAAAACAGAAGAUCCUGAUCUACCAGCAUUUUACUUUGAUCCUCUAAUAAACCCAAUCUCGCAUCGGCAUGCAGUGAAGGGUACUGAACCACUACCAGAUGAUGAUGAAGAGUUUGAGCUUCCUGAAAAUGUUCAACCUUUUCUACAAGAUUCACCACUCUAUACAGACAACACAGCUAAUGGUAUUGCUUUGCUCUGGGCCCCUAGACCAUUCAGUUUACGUUCAGGCAGAACAAGAAGAGCAAUUGAUGUACCACUUGUCAAAUCUUGGUAUAGAGAACACUGCCCUCCAGCAAUGCCUGUGAAAGUACGUGUUUCAUACCAGAAGCUUCUCAAGUAUUUUGUGCUUAAUGCCUUAAAACACAGACCUCCAAAGCCUCAGAAAAAGAGGUAUUUGUUCCGUUCCUUCAAGUCCACUAAGUUUUUCCAAACUACUACAAUUGACUGGGUUGAGGCAGGGUUGCAAGUGUGUCGUCAAGGUUACAAUAUGCUGAAUUUAUUGAUUCAUCGUAAGAAUCUUAACUAUCUUCACCUGGACUACAAUUUCAACUUAAAACCUGUGAAAACACUGACCACAAAGGAAAGAAAGAAGUCCAGGUUUGGAAAUGCUUUUCAUCUGUGUCGUGAAAUCCUGAGACUGACCAAGUUGGUUGUAGACAGUCAUGUCCAGUACCGGUUAAACAAUGUAGAUGCUUUUCAACUUUCUGAUGGCCUGCAGUACAUCUUUGCUCAUGUUGGUCAGUUGACUGGCAUGUACCGAUACAAAUAUAAAUUAAUGAGGCAGAUUAGAAUGUGUAAAGAUCUGAAGCACUUGAUCUACUACAGGUUUAACACAGGUCCAGUAGGUAAAGGUCCUGGUUGUGGAUUUUGGGCACCAGGGUGGCGUGUCUGGCUGUUUUUCAUGAGAGGUAUCACCCCUCUGCUAGAACGCUGGCUUGGGAAUCUGCUGUCUCGACAGUUUGAAGGUAGACAUUCAAAAGGAGUUGCAAAAACUGUUACUAAACAGAGAGUGGAAAGUCAUUUUGAUUUGGAACUUCGGGCAUCUGUGAUGCAUGACAUUCUUGACAUGAUGCCAGAAGGAAUCAAACAAAACAAAGCCAGAACCAUCCUUCAGCACCUGAGUGAAGCCUGGAGGUGUUGGAAAGCUAACAUUCCAUGGAAGGUACCUGGUCUGCCUAUACCAAUUGAAAACAUGAUUCUGAGGUAUGUGAAAAUGAAAGCAGAUUGGUGGACUAAUACUGCUCAUUACAACCGAGAAAGAAUUCGACGUGGAGCCACUGUUGACAAAACAGUGUGCAAGAAAAAUUUGGGGCGCUUAACACGACUGUACUUGAAGGCUGAGCAAGAAAGACAACACAAUUACUUGAAGGAUGGCCCUUACAUCAGUGCUGAGGAAGCAGUAGCCAUCUAUACCACCACUGUUCACUGGCUAGAGAGUAGGCGGUUUUCACCAAUCCCUUUCCCACCACUUUCCUAUAAACAUGACACAAAGCUUCUGAUCCUUGCAUUGGAAAGACUUAAAGAAGCAUAUAGCGUUAAGAGUCGGCUGAACCAAUCACAGAGGGAAGAGUUGGGACUCAUUGAGCAGGCCUAUGAUAAUCCACACGAAGCCCUGUCACGUAUCAAACGUCACUUGCUUACUCAGAGAGCUUUCAAAGAGGUAGGGAUAGAGUUCAUGGACCUAUACAGUCACUUGAUUCCUGUAUAUGAUGUGGAACCCCUAGAGAAAAUCACAGAUGCUUAUCUAGACCAAUAUCUCUGGUAUGAGGCUGACAAACGAAGACUUUUUCCCCCAUGGAUCAAGCCUGCUGAUUCUGAACCACCACCACUUUUGGUGUACAAAUGGUGUCAAGGCAUAAAUAACUUGCAAGAUGUAUGGGAUACUUCAGAAGGGGAGUGCAAUGUAAUGUUGGAGUCCAAGUUUGAAAAAAUGUAUGAAAAGAUUGAUUUAACGCUACUUAACAGACUUCUGCGUCUGAUUGUAGACCACAAUAUUGCUGACUACAUGACAGCUAAGAACAAUGUGGUCAUCAACUACAAGGAUAUGAACCAUACCAACUCCUAUGGUAUCAUUCGAGGGCUACAGUUUGCCUCCUUUAUUGUCCAGUAUUAUGGAUUAGUGCUCGAUCUUUUAGUCUUAGGCUUGCAGAGAGCAAGUGAAAUGGCUGGUCCUCCUCAAAUGCCCAAUGACUUCUUAACCUACCAGGAUGUGGCAACUGAAUCAUCUCAUCCUAUCAGGCUUUAUUCACGUUACAUUGAAAGGCUACAUUUAUUUUUCAGAUUCUCAGCAGAAGAAGCUCGAGACUUGAUUCAAAGGUAUCUGACAGAACAUCCAGAUCCAAACAAUGAGAAUAUUGUAGGCUACAAUAACAAAAAAUGUUGGCCAAGAGAUGCUAGAAUGAGGUUGAUGAAACACGAUGUAAACCUUGGACGUGCUGUGUUCUGGGACAUAAAGAAUCGGCUACCACGAUCAGUAACCACAAUACAAUGGGAGAACAGUUUUGUAUCGGUGUAUAGCAAGGAUAACCCAAAUCUUCUCUUCAACAUGAGUGGAUUUGAAUGUCGAAUUUUACCUAAAAUCCGCAUGACGCACGAAGAAUUCACUCAUAAAGAUGGAGUUUGGAAUCUGCAGAAUGAAGUGACCAAAGAAAGAACAGCUCAAUGUUUCUUGCGUGUUGAUGAAGAAUCUAUGCAGAGGUUUCACAACAGGGUUCGACAGAUAUUAAUGGCAUCAGGCUCUACCACAUUCACUAAGAUUGUAAACAAGUGGAACACAGCUCUGAUUGGUCUGAUGACGUACUUCCGUGAAGCUGUGGUAAACACACAAGAACUAUUAGACCUACUGGUGAAGUGUGAAAACAAGAUUCAGACAAGAAUCAAGAUUGGACUUAAUUCCAAAAUGCCAAGCAGAUUUCCUCCUGUUGUUUUUUACACUCCCAAAGAGUUGGGUGGCCUGGGCAUGUUAUCUAUGGGUCAUGUACUUAUUCCACAAUCUGACUUAAGAUGGUCAAAGCAAACAGAUGUUGGUAUCACCCACUUUCGAUCAGGCAUGAGCCAUGAUGAAGAUCAAGUUAUUCCUAACUUGUAUCGCUAUAUCCAGCCCUGGGAGAGUGAGUUUAUUGACUCUCAGCGUGUAUGGGCUGAAUAUGCUCUGAAAAGACAAGAAGCACUUGCCCAAAACAGGCGAUUGACUCUGGAAGAUUUGGAAGACAGUUGGGAUAGAGGUAUUCCAAGGAUUAAUACUUUGUUCCAGAAGGACAGGCACACACUAGCCUAUGACAAGGGAUGGAGAGUUCGAACAGAUUUCAAACAAUACCAGGUGUUGAAACAAAAUCCUUUCUGGUGGACACACCAGCGUCAUGAUGGAAAAUUAUGGAACUUAAAUAACUACCGUACAGACAUGAUCCAAGCUCUUGGGGGAGUAGAAGGAAUAUUGGAGCACACACUUUUCAAAGGCACAUACUUCCCCACAUGGGAAGGUCUCUUCUGGGAAAAGGCCAGUGGCUUUGAAGAAAGUAUGAAGUACAAGAAGUUGACUAAUGCUCAAAGAUCAGGUCUUAACCAGAUCCCAAACCGUCGCUUCACUUUGUGGUGGUCUCCUACAAUCAACAGGGCCAAUGUAUAUGUUGGUUUCCAAGUACAGCUGGACCUGACAGGUAUCUUCAUGCAUGGUAAAAUUCCAACUUUGAAGAUCUCUUUGAUCCAAAUCUUCCGAGCUCACUUGUGGCAGAAAAUCCAUGAGAGUAUUGUCAUGGAUCUUUGUCAGGUGUUUGAUCAAGAAUUGGAUGCACUAGAAAUAGAAACUGUUCAAAAAGAAACCAUUCAUCCAAGGAAGUCUUACAAAAUGAACAGUUCUUGUGCCGACAUUUUGUUGUUUGCUGCUUACAAAUGGAAUGUGUCAAGGCCAUCCCUUUUGGCUGACUCUAAAGACACCAUGGAUGGUACCACAACACAGAAGUAUUGGAUAGAUGUGCAGCUUCGAUGGGGUGACUAUGACUCUCAUGACAUAGAACGUUAUGCCAGAGCCAAGUUUUUGGAUUACACAACUGACAACAUGAGUAUCUAUCCAUCACCAACUGGCUUAUUAAUUGCUAUUGACUUGGCUUACAAUCUCCACAGUGCAUAUGGCAACUGGUACCCUGGAUGCAAACCUCUCAUUCAACAAGCCAUGGCUAAAAUCAUGAAAGCUAAUCCUGCUCUCUAUGUGCUACGAGAAAGAAUUCGAAAGGGGUUGCAGCUGUACUCCUCUGAGCCAACUGAACCAUAUCUGUCUUCUCAGAAUUAUGGAGAACUGUUUUCUAAUCAGAUCAUUUGGUUUGUGGAUGACACUAACGUAUAUCGUGUAACCAUUCAUAAGACUUUCGAAGGUAACUUGACCACUAAGCCCAUCAAUGGAGCCAUCUUCAUCUUCAACCCCAGAACUGGACAGUUAUUCUUGAAGAUCAUUCACACAUCGGUUUGGGCUGGACAAAAACGUCUGGGUCAGCUUGCUAAGUGGAAGACUGCAGAAGAAGUGGCUGCUCUCAUUAGAUCCCUACCAGUAGAAGAACAGCCCAAACAGAUUAUUGUAACCAGAAAAGGAAUGUUAGAUCCUUUGGAAGUACAUCUGUUGGACUUUCCAAACAUUGUAAUCAAGGGAAGUGAAUUGCAGCUCCCAUUCCAAGCGUGUCUAAAGGUUGAAAAAUUUGGUGAUUUGAUUCUUAAAGCCACAGAGCCCCAGAUGGUUUUGUUCAACUUGUAUGAUGAUUGGCUGAAGACUAUUUCAUCAUACACGGCCUUCUCUCGACUGAUCCUGAUCUUACGUGCUUUGCAUGUGAACAAUGAAAGAACCAAGGUUAUCUUGAAGCCUGAUAAAACCACUAUCACUGAAUCUCAUCAUAUUUGGCCGUCGCUGUCUGAUGAGGAGUGGAUCAAAGUGGAAGUACAACUGAAGGACUUGAUUCUUGCUGACUAUGGCAAGAAGAACAAUGUAAAUGUAGCUUCCCUGACACAAUCUGAAGUCAGAGAUAUCAUCCUGGGUAUGGAAAUUUCAGCUCCAUCAGCACAGCGACAACAGAUUGCUGAGAUUGAGAAGCAGACUAAAGAGCAGUCUCAACUCACAGCCACUACCACACGUACAGUCAACAAACAUGGUGACGAGAUCAUUACUUCAACAACCAGCAAUUAUGAGACUCAAACCUUCAGCUCUAAAACAGAGUGGCGAGUACGAGCUAUUUCUGCAACAAACCUCCACCUUCGUACCAAUCAUAUUUAUGUUUCAUCAGACGAUAUCAAGGAGACCGGAUAUACCUACAUUCUACCCAAAAAUGUUCUUAAAAAGUUCAUCAUCAUUUCGGAUCUUCGUACUCAGAUUGCAGGCUACCUGUAUGGUGUCAGUCCUUCAGAUAACCCUCAAGUAAAAGAAAUAAGAUGCAUUGUGAUGCCACCCCAGUGGGGCACCCACCAGACAGUUCACCUUCCAAGUGUUCUUCCCCAGCAUGAGUACCUGAAGGAGAUGGAACCUCUAGGAUGGAUCCACACUCAGCCUAAUGAACUUCCACAGUUGUCUCCCCAGGACAUUACAACUCAUGCCAAAGUUAUGGCUGACAAUCCCCAGUGGGAUGGUGAGAGAACUAUAGUCAUCACCUGCAGCUUCACGCCUGGUUCCUGCUCUUUGACAGCAUACAAGUUAACACCUAGUGGAUAUGAAUGGGGAAGACAGAAUACCGACAGGGGAAAUAAUCCUAAGGGUUAUCUCCCUUCCCAUUAUGAGAAAAUGCAAAUUUUGCUGUCUGAUCGUUUCUUGGGCUUUUUCAUGGUCCCUAACCAAGACUCUUGGAACUACAACUUCAUGGGUGUAAGACAUGACCCAGCAAUGAAGUAUGACUUGCAACUGUCUAACCCUAAGGAGUUUUACCACGAGAUCCAUCGACCCGCCCACUUCUUGAACUUCAGUAAUAUUGAGGAAGGCGAGAAUAUAGGGGCUGAUAGGGAAGAUUUGUUUGGUUAAUACACACACAUGAUAUUUGUUGUUUUUAUGCAGUUGUAUCCUGCUGAAUGUAAAAGUAGCACUAAGUAACACUUGAGUUGGACAUCAAUCUUGAAUGUACAGAUCAAACAAACUUAUAUAAAGAUGGUACGAGUUGUUUCUUAAUACUGUGUCAAGAAAUAAAUUUUCUGUUUUAAUUA